CUUUUUUAGACGCGUACUUCAUGGCGCAAACAGCCCUUUCAGCCGAGGAGUUCCAGCGUUUCCAGUCCCAGCUGUUAGACUUGAGAGAAGCGAAUAUUGAAGCCAAUGAACGUCGCCUACGUGCUGAGGCCCGCGUCCGACAGUUAGAAUCUGAGCUGUUGUCUGCACAAAAAUUCGCCGACUCUCACAAUCAUGACCGAACACGAAUGGAAGAGAUGGAACGAGAAAACAAACACCUCCGAGAAAAAAUUCAAGGCACCGAAGCCGCUUUCCAACUUCAGUCUUCAACUCUACGUGCCGAAUGUCAUCAUCUGACGGCUGAAUUGACUAAGUUACAGCAGAGUCUGAACAAACCACGUCAAACUCAAGGCUGUCAAACAAUUUCCGUACCUUUGACCAGCGUCUCCGCUCAAACAAUUGAUCGACUUUCGGAUGCGCUUGAUUCGGAACCGCUUUCUCUACAAGAAGUAGCUGAACUGCGAACAGCCUUGGAUAUUUCGAAUGCCUCGCAAGCAAUUUACCGCUUGGCGACCCAGACAUUGAGCGAUAAACUGUCCGAACUGGAGGCUAUGGUUUGUGGGGAUGUUGCCCGUCUUCAUGCUCAGCUUGGUGAAAUGCGAUUGGAGCGCGCUUGCUUACUUGAUAAGCUUGACCAAGCACACCAUUUUGUAAAAGAAGCUGAAGAUGCUCAGCGGGAACUGCGUACUCAGCUUGAACUGCAGCGAAUCCGCGGAGAAAAGGUCCAUCGCGAACUUCGGCGUCAGCUGACUCGUCUUGUUAGAUCGCAUCAACUAGAAUCUGCGGAGCAGUCGUCAUUACGAAAAUCCUCUAUUUAUUCUUCCUCUUCUUCACUGUCCAGUGCUGUAACUCCGAUACCUGGCGCAUCACUAACCAAUGGCGAGUGUAGUUCACUUCAUCCGGAGACUCCGCCACCACUUGAUACGUCUGAAGCUAAACGCUUGGAGGUCCCUCCUGGAUUUUUCUCGUUAGCGGAUUUCAAGGCCUUGGUCGACCGGUUGUCCGAGGUACAAGAAGAAAACUGUGUGUUUCGACGACACAUCCAACGUCUCGAAUCUGAGGUUGUUUCGAAGAGCAAAGCACUUCAGAUGGAAUUGGACAAGUGCAUUCACGGUUCAUCAAGUUCCCCCAGUUUCUGUAGCCCUGUCUCCACAGCUAGAUUUGAUCCCACACAUCACUCCGUUGGUCCGCACCCGAUUGGCAACUCCUUCUCAUGGUUUUCCUCGCUAAAGUCUGCUGUGGCUCCUGGGUUGACUACAAAUCAGCAUGGCAUAUCCAGCACACAUUUGGAGAGCAUUAAUCGGUUGAAAAGAAUGUGUGAACAACUCGUCACUGAAAAUGUCCAGCUCACUGAGGAGCUGGAAAAGCUGCGGGCCAAAGCGUGACCUCUUCAUCGCAGGCUCCGAUCAGACGAUCUGUGAUACUCUUCUAAUCAUUCCAAAUGCUCUCGGUCCAAUUUGAUACUGUUCGCUCAGCGCGCAUAUCGCAUUUGGUCUACACAUGUGUACGUCCCGGUUCUAUCCAUUAUCUUGGCUUACUUCGUGAAAGUGCUUUAAUUUCUGGAAGUCGUAUUGUAUAGUUUACCUCAGCCAGUUACUGUCCUUCUUUCCUCCUUUUCGUUUUGGUUCCCCUCAAAAUGGCGAUUUCUGACGACCUGACCUAACCGGAUAGGCGGUUUCUGCGUUGUUCCCAUUUCACUGUGAUAUGUAUUUUCAUAUGGUCUCAGUCACCCUUUUAUGAUCUCUGCUCUCAUGAUCUUUCUUGAAGCUCCAUGCCACUUACCGAUUGCCGGCGCUGCCGUCUGUUAUCUACAGUUGAACGUCAGUAUACUAAUUUUUGACAGACCGACAGCGCAGCUUUUUUCGGUACCCUUUUAACGCUGUCAGAA